AUGAAUAAUUAUAACGUAUAUCAGCUUUUUAACGCUACAUAUAAUCCUGACCCUAAUAUACAAAAACAAGCAGAAUUACAAUUAAAACAGAUUGAAGGUACACCAGGAUUUAUAACUAACCUUCUUCAAAUAUUAAGUGCACAAGAAUUAGAUAAUGGAACAAAGCAAGCUGUUUCAAUCUAUUUAAAAAAUCGGAUCAGAACAUCAUGGUAUAUUGAUGAAGAAGAACAAAUACCAUCAAAUGUUGUUGCUAUUGAUUUACAAGAUCGUGAAGCCUUCAAAGCAAACAUAUUAAAUAUUUUGGUAACAGUUCCCAGCAUUAUAAGAGUACAAGUUCUUGAUUCUUUAAGAAGGGUUCUUGGUGUUGAUUUUCCAGAAAAAUGGCCAAAUUAUAUGGAUCAAGUAAUUACUUUGUUAACAUCAAACGAUUUGAAAAUUUCAUAUAUUGGAUUAUUAGGUUUACAGCAAGUAGUUAAAGUUUAUCAAUGGAGAUCUCCUGAUGUUAAAGAUCCAUUAAUUGAAAUCAUUCAAAAAUCUUUUCCAAUUUUACUACAAAUUGCUGAAAUUAUUAUAAAUGAAACAAAUGUUGAUGCAGGUGAAAUGAUGAAAAUUAUAGUGAAAACGUUUGGCUCUUCAAUUCAUUAUGAACUACCAAAACCUCUUCAAGAUAGUACAUUUAUUGGACAUUGGUUAGGCCUAUUGUUGAAAUUGGUUGAUAAGCAAAUACCGCAAGAAUUGAUUCCACAAUAUGAUGAUGUUGAAGAAAGACGAAAUUUUAUAUGGUACAGAGUUCAAAAAUGGUCAUGUCAUGUUCUUGAUAGGCUUUUUUCAAGAUAUGGUAAUCCUGCACAAUUAUCAUCUUCGCCUACAAAAAAUAUGACUUUUGCUGAAACUUUUGUACAAAACUUUGCUCCUCAAAUAUUAUAUAAAUACUUGGAAAAAACCAAUCUUUGGAUGAAAAAGGAAAUUUGGUUAAGUCCAAAAGUGUUAUAUUACAUUUCUAGUUUUUAUAAAGAAUCUAUAACACAUAAAAUUACAUGGAAGAUUCUUAAACCUCAUUGUGAAAUAUUAGUUUCUCAUUACAUAUUUCCUCAAUUAUGUUUUACUGAUGAGGAUGAACAAUUAUGGAGUGAGGAUCCAAUUGAUUUUAUUCAUAAAAAACUUGAUCCAUUAGAUGACUAUUUAUCACCAACUUCUUCUGCCAUAUCAUUUCUGGGAAGUUUAGCUAGACACAGAAAGAAAUUCACAUUCACAAAUAUCUUAAACUUCAUAAAUAGCAUUUUAACUACUUAUCAAGAAUCACCACCUGAAACAAAAAAUCCAAAAAAUAAAGAUGGCGCUUUAAAAAUGAUUGGAUGCUUGUCGGAUUUGGCUUUACAUCGAAAAUCUGGCGUUGCUAAUAUAAUGGAAGCAUUUUUUAUUCAUCAUGUUUUUCCUGAAUUUCAAAGUCAACAUCCUUACUUAAGAGCAAGGGCUUGUGAUAUGAUUAUGAAAUUUAAUGAGCUUGAAUUUCAACAAGAAGCAAAUAUCAUGACUGCUUUUCAAGGAAUUACGAUUUGUAUGCAAGAUCCUGAACUCCCUGUUAAAAUUCAAGCUUGCUUAGCUUUGGAACCUUUAUUAAAAUAUGAGUCAGUGAAAAAAGUGCUUGUUCCUAAUUUACCAGCAAUAAUGCAAAAGCUUCUUGAACUUACAAAUAUGAUUGAUUCUGACAUUUUGGCAACUUUAAUGAAAGAACUUGUUGAGGAAUUUUCAAGUGAAUUAAAUCCAUUUGCUACAGAAUUUUGUCAACAAUUGUGUGCCACUUUUCUUCGCAUCAUGCAUGAUUACAAAGAAAUUCCUUCCACCAAUGACAACAUUGACGAUAGUAGUCUUGAUGAUGCAGAGAUGAAUGAGAAAAUUUUGACAGCUUCAGGUAUUAUUAGAACGGUAGUUACGCUGAUUGUAAAUUUAGAUACUACACCUGAAGUUUUAAUUCAAAUGGAGUCUAGUAUAAUGCCUAUAGUUAUAUUUGUUUUAGAAAAUGAAGUUAUUGAAUUAUAUGAAGAGGUUUUGGAUAUCAUAGAUAGCUUGACAUUUUCUAUUAAGCAAAUUUCUCCUGCAAUGUGGAAUAUUUUUGAAUUAUUAUAUAGAACAUUUAAAAAAUCGGGGGUUGAUUAUAUUGAAUGCAAGUCAAUGUUACCAUCUUUGGAUAAUUAUAUUUCUUAUGGGACAGAAGUAUUUAUGCAAAAUUCCAAUUUUCAUGUAAUGAAAAGUGAAAAUUUAUCAGAAACUGAUCGAGUUGCUGCUUGCAAGCUUGCAGAAUCAUUUUUAUUGAAUUGUAGUGGUAUUAUAGAUCAGUAUAUUGAACCAAUCCUUGGACUUGUAUUUAAAUAUUUAGCCGAUAUCGAAAAUAUUGAAACUUCAAGUUUUAAAUUUUAUUGUGUUGAAUUAGUGAUUGAUUGUUUAUAUUAUAAUCCAUUAUUAACUUUACGUAUUCUGGAAGAACGUAGUUUAACGCAAUCAUUUUUCACAUUAUGGUUUAAAGAUUUAAGUCAUUUUUCACGUGUACAUGAUAAAAAACUGGUUAUAGCCACAAUAUGUCGAUUUUUUGAAAUACCAAUAGAGCAAUUACCUGCCACUUUACAAAAUGGUUGGUCACAGUUACUUGAUGGUGUUUUGGAAAUGUUCAAGUCUUUUCCUGAGGCUGAAGAAAACAGAGAAAUUCUAAAGAAAUUUUAUGAAAAUGGUUUUGAUAGUGAUGAUUUGGAUGAUGAUGACGACGAUGACGAUGGAUCUAUAGAUUUAGAAACUAAAGAUAAUGAUGGUGAUGAUGGCUAUGAAACAGUUGAUGAUGAUGAAAAUAUAGAAGACGAAGAUAAAGAAUAUUUAGAUUUCUUGUCAUCAGAGAAAUGCAAAACUACCCAACAGUCAAACAUUGGUACUGAUUUGUCAACAUCAUUAUUUUUUAAAAGAAAGAUUAAAACGCGAGGCUUAUUUAAAGGUGUUAGUAUUUAUACGACGGGUAUUCUAGGUGAUAUAUUAGCUCACUUCUCAACCUAUGAUGCUUCAAGAGAACAUGUUAAUAAAGGUAAUGCAAAAGGUAUUGGUCUCUCGUGUCUUGAAGACCGUAGUCAAACAACGAUCAAUGCUUUCUUAGGAACAUCAAGUGAUGUAAUUAACUCUAGUUUAUGGUAUCAGUUGAUGUUAUAUCAUGACAAUUUCAAAUUUCUAAGGCAUCUUCGUCACCGUCGCCUUGUAAUUCCCGUUGUAGCUGGUGAAAGAGUGAAAUCCAUAUCACAGAUGAGCCUUCAUAAUCCCUUUCUAAAAAGAGAAAGGGAACAAAAAACUAACCAGGAAAAAAUAAGUGAGGUUGAAUAUGGACUUUUAGGAAAGUUGUUUAACCAGCACUCAUAUUUUACCACUAGAUCUGAGAUUAUUGGCGAAGAAAUUGAUGAUGAGGCUAAAAUCCAUGAUGUUAAUUUACUUAUGCAGAAUGUUGAAUUGCAAGAUCUAAACCAAGAAUUUAUUCUACCAAAUUUUCAACCACCUUCAAGAGGCUUGGGUGAAAUUGAAUUUUUUCAACCAGCAGCAGAAUUAUCUUUAAAAGUCUAUCUUCUGAUUGGCAUUCCUACUCCUCGCCAGAAGCUUGAUUUUACUCUAGUUUUGAAUGAAUGGAAUCUAUGUUGGGCAAGUGUCAUCUCAGUUAUUGGAAUUAAGGAUAACAUUACUGCUAAGGACAAAUUGACAGAUGGUAUAGGAGAGUUAGCCUGGCAAAUCAAAGUUAUCUUUGAACAAUAA